UUGAGGUUAACUAUUUACAUUGAUUUUCUUUUCUUGAGAGGAAUACCUGUAAGAAAUACACUGACGGAUAAUGGAGAGAAAUGUUCUGGUGACCAUGCUAUCAUCGUCAUCGCCAUCAUCAUCACCUUUGUAUUGUUCGGAGGUUUUGUAUGCAAGAUCAUGUGGUACAUCUUCUUGCUCCUUUUCGACUUCAGCAACGCUAAUGGUGUUCCAGGUCUUGAUUGUGAUUUCAAGUCCGGUUUUUGUGGGUGGGACGAUAGCAGCAAACUACGAAAAUCUGUAUACAGCGAUGGAAAACCUAUGCAGUUUGAGAAUCCAUUCAAAAACGAAAAUACAACAUAUCAUACGACAAAAUCCAUGGCUCUGUUUAGAUGGAGAUACCGAAGCAAGUAUGAAUGGGGAGAUCGAUACAAGGCGAUUGUCUAUUCUUUAACAUCCCGGACGAUGUGCCCCCAUUGUUUUGGCGUAGCAGAUUUAGUGAGUCCAACAAUCCAAGAAUCACUGGCACCUAGAAGAUUUUGUUACACUUUCUGGAUUAAAAGGAGUGCCUAUCUGACAGUUUCAUUCAUCACCGACUACAGGGAGCCGUAUAUAAAUCAAUAUAUUCAGAAAACACACUUCGAUUCUAAAUCUCAAUACUUUUCCACAUCAUGUAUUGAUAUCGACGCUGGAACGGAAGUCAAGAUUGUCUUACGAGCAGCUUAUGUCCCAAAAUCAUCAGGUUUCGUGAUUAUUUCUCGUGUGAAAAUGGCAGAGGGGUUUUCGUGGGGUAGAUGUCCAGACAAUGCGCCCUUCGAGUGUGAAAGCGGUGAAUGUAUUCAUCCAUCAGUCAUUUGCAACCACCAGAGCGAUUGUGUGGAUAAAUCUGAUGAAAUCUACUGCAAUGGACCAAGGCUUUUUGAUAGAUGCAGUAAUUCACUGUCAAACUCCACUUCUGACGAUGAAGAAACUCAAGACAACCCAAAGCAGAGCUCUAAUCCAGAUUCUUUUCAUUGCAUUUCGUCUUCGUGUCCACAUGGCUGUACCUGCAGCGGUCUAUCUAUCGUCUGCCAUUUCUUAAAUCAUUCCAUAGACUUUUCCAUUUAUAACUCUCUCACUUUGAAGAAUAUCAGCAAAUCGCUAGAACUGACUAGUUUUUCAAAAUUCCCUAACUUAGCCCAAUUAUAUAUAGAAAAAAGUACAAUGGAAUUUCUGACUGUAAGUAACAUCACUACUUUAAAAGUAGUAUCGUUACAAAACAGCAAAAUAGAUGUCGUUGUCAUAGAAACGCCUCAUGAACUAACCAAAUUCGAUAUAUUAGAAUGUGAAAUCCUAAACUGUUCUAUGAUUGGAAACUACAGUUUGCUUUCGUAUUUUAAUUCAAGGGGAAAUGUCCCAAAAUAUUGGGAAGUAGAAGUGAUUAAACACCUCAACUUCAACGUUUGGAAUUUAACAAACCCAGAAAACAUCACCAUUAUGUCUUCCCUUACGCUUAAUGCAUCCCACGGAGAUUUGACCAAUGAUUUUAGUAAUCACGGGGCAAUGGUUGAAGAUGUAAGCUACAACAGACUCCAGACCUACAGCUUGUCCAUGCGAGUCAAAUAUCUUUACUUAGCAAAUAACAAUCUGUCCAGUGUCCCACGUCCCAUGGGCAAAGAAAUGAAAAUAAUUCUAAGAUACUUAGAUCUGUCAGGUAAUCGGAUUGUCCAUUUACAGAAGGAUUCCCUCUCUAGAUUGUUUGACCUCUGCUUUUUAAAUCUUAGUUCCAAUGAUAUGCUGACAAUAGAAGAAAAUAGUUUUUACAAUUUAGGCAAACUUCUUACAUUAGAUUUGUCCAAAAACCGUUUAACUCAUCUUGCAAGAGCCCACUUCGAUGGGUUAUCAGAAUUAAAGGACCUGUGCUUAAGUGGAAAUAAUAUUGUUAUUAUUUCUGAUAUGUUUGCAUUCCUUCACAAUCUUCAAUACCUUCAGGUUGACACAUUCGGAUUAUGUUGCGCAAAACCCAUCCAUGGCAAAUACGUGUCAUGCGAAUCUCCCGAAAACGAGAUUUCAUCCUGCGAAAAUUUAAUCGACGUCCCCAUUCUCACAGUCGGAAUAUGGUACAUUGCUCUCAUGGCAUUUUUUGGAAACUUCUUCGUGAGUUCCUAUCGUCUUUUGACAAUCAACAAAAGAACCGUCAGCUCUCAAACCAUAUUGACCUUAAAUUUGAGUUUAGCUGACCUCUUAAUGGGUAUAUAUCUGUUUAUUCUAGCCGGUGCCAACUUUAAAUAUAUAGGAACAUAUGGGUUUAACGACGCUAGGUGGCGACAUAGCGGCACGUGCUCUCUGGCAGGCACUCUCUCCACGCUCUCUAGUGAGGCGUCUGCUUCCUUUGUUCUCUUGAUAACAAUGGACCGGGUGAUAGCAAUCAAAUACCCAUUCUCCUCUUGGAAAUUUACUCCAAAGAAAUCUACCCUCUUCUGCUCUGUUGUUUGGGUUUCCUGUUUGAUUUUUGCAGUUGUUCCUCUGUCGAAUGAAGGCUACUUCCAUGGAUACUAUUCUUCCUCUAGCAUUUGUAUUUCACUGCCCCUAUCAAUCAGAAGGAAACCGGGAUGGGAAUACUCCAUGAUCUUGUUUGUCGGCCUCAACUUUCUGAUUUUCUUGGGAAUUCUUAUUGGUCAGAUAAUGAUCUUUAUUGAAGUCAUCAAGUCUGGUAAACAAGUUAGAUCAACCGUAGCCAAACAAAGAGAGAUAACUCUAGCCAAAAGAUUAGCCUCCAUUGUGAUUACGGAUAUGAUAUGCUGGGCCCCGAUUGGAGUCAUCGGUAUGAUGACGUUUUUUGGCAUUGAUGUUAACGAUGACGUGUAUGCUUGGAUCAUAGUGAUCGUGCUUCCGGUAAAUUCAGCCUUAAAUCCGAUUCUGUACACACUAUCGGCUCUCGUUAAUAUUGGAAAGAAAGGCGACGCGCUAGACAGGGAGAUGUCGGUAUCAUUGUCCAUGACGUCAUUCCACAACAGAAGAAAAACAGUCGAAACACAGACGGACGCUGAAGAUCAGGAUGCACUAGACAAGAUAUUAUAAGCGAGGGACAAAUGCUACCGAAUAGUGGAAAACACAGAAUAUCAAAUAGCAUUAGUAGAAGUUCACUGUAAACCCAGUACUGUCUGCCAGACAAUGUAUAAGAGGAACGCGUACACAGUAUAUUUGUUGUAUAUUGUGUUAAGUCCCAUUUGAGAAGAUUUUUCACUUUUGUAAAUACGUCAUCGGAUAUGAUUACAUAGGAUGUGCCUGUUGCCCGAUCCUUUUCGGUUUCUCACGGGAUAUAAAUAGGACAGCCGGUUACGAACUCCCAGAGUACUAUAUCGCGAGAGAGAACAAUACAAUUAUAUCAUUCAAUUGCAAUCGAUGAGCGUACGAUGGAAGUGAAAACAGUGUCUAUAUAUUGUUUCCGUUUCAAUUGAAUCAGUGUAUAUAACAUUUUAUAUAAGAUCAAAAUGCACAGUCAUAAUUUAUGAUAGUUUCUUUUAAAUAAACAAAAUCAAUUUGA